CCUCCUUGCCUAUAUAUAAAGGGCUGGCGCGGGGCUCGGCGGCGCCAUUUCGCGCUGGAGUGGAGCAGCCUCUAGAACGAGCUGGAGGAUUCUGCCUACUUAUACAGAGCCUUCGUGUCGUCCGGGACCGCCAUUACAAUCCACGUCCAUCCGCUUGGAAAUGGCCUUCGUCUCGGCCUAUGACCGGUCCCGGCGGACAGUACAGACCCCAUAGAAGCCCCCGAAGCUCCCCUUUUUCGAGCCCCGCCCAGUCCUCGGAGUCUGUCCACCCCCUCUACUCCGCCCUCAAGAGGAUUUCAAAGAUGGAGGCGGCGGCUCCCUAAACCACUUUUCGUGUUCAUCCGCCUCCAUCCGAGAUCGAAACGGGACCUCGUCCGCGCCGGACGGUCCUGGCAGGAAGAGGGGAUCCUUGCAGACCAACGGCGGGCAAUAUUGACGACGGUGUCUGGGAUCGGGGACUGUCCUGGGGUUUGAAGAGUCCGUCCCCCUUCGCUCGCCCGCCUCAGCUGGGGCCGCCGCCAUUUUCUCGCUGUCCGCCUCCUGCGGAGCGCGCCAAGCUGCCGGGAGUUCUCCGAGAAACAGCGGAGGAGACUGCCUUCGUGCCGGCCCGGCGGGGGGGGGUUGUCGCCUGGUGGGCCGAGGGCAACGGCCCCCGACCCCCCCCUCACUUCCCGGGUUAUGCUGGACUGGAAGGUAAGGGGAACCGAGGCCACCCGGACUUUCCGCGGCUGAGGGCAGCGCCGGUUCCCCGUGAUCAAGAUGCUGCAAAACGUGACUCCCCACAAUAAGCUCCCUGGGGAGGGGAAUGCAGGGUUACUGGGGCUGGGCCCAGAGGCAGCAGCGCCUGGGAAAAGGAUUCGAAAGCCCUCCCUGUUGUAUGAGGGAUUCGAGAGCCCCACAAUGGCUUCAGUGCCGGCUUUGCAACUAACCCCUGCCAACCCACCACCCCCAGAGGUGUCCAAUCCCAAAAAGCCAGGACGGGUUACCAACCAGUUGCAAUACCUGCACAAGGUGGUGAUGAAGGCUCUGUGGAAACAUCAGUUUGCAUGGCCCUUCCGGCAGCCUGUGGAUGCUGUCAAACUGGGUCUGCCGGAUUAUCACAAAAUUAUAAAGCAGCCUAUGGAUAUGGGUACUAUUAAGAGGAGACUUGAAAACAACUAUUACUGGGCUGCCUCAGAGUGUAUGCAGGAUUUCAAUACCAUGUUCACCAACUGUUAUAUCUACAACAAGCCUACUGAUGAUAUUGUCCUGAUGGCACAAACGCUGGAAAAGAUCUUUCUACAGAAGGUGGCGUCAAUGCCACAAGAGGAACAAGAGCUUGUGGUGACUAUCCCUAAGAACAGCCACAAGAAAGGGGCCAAAUUGGCAGCACUCCAGGGCAGUAUCACCAGUGCCCAUCAGGUGCCUGCUGUCUCUUCUGUGUCUCACACAGCCCUGUAUACUCCACCACCUGAGAUACCUACCACUGUCCUCAACAUUCCCCACCCAUCGGUCAUCUCUUCGCCCCUUCUCAAGUCAUUGCACUCCGCUGGACCCCCGCUCCUUGCUGUCUCUGCAGCUCCCCCAGCCCAGCCCCUUGCCAAGAAAAAGGGGGUAAAGCGGAAAGCAGAUACUAUCACCCCUACACCUACAGCUAUCCUGGCUCCUGGCUCCCCAGCUAGCCCUCCCGGGGGUCUUGAGCCUAAGGCAGCACGGCUUCCCCCUAUGCGUAGAGAGAGUGGCCGCCCUAUCAAGCCCCCACGCAAAGACUUGCCUGACUCUCAGCAACAGCACCAAAGCUCCAAGAAAGGAAAGCUGUCAGAACAGUUAAAACACUGCAAUGGCAUUUUGAAGGAAUUACUCUCUAAGAAGCAUGCUGCCUAUGCCUGGCCUUUCUAUAAACCAGUGGACGCUUCUGCUCUUGGCCUGCAUGACUACCAUGACAUCAUUAAGCACCCCAUGGACCUCAGCACUGUCAAGCGGAAGAUGGAGAAUCGUGAUUACCGGGAUGCACAGGAGUUUGCUGCUGACGUGCGGCUAAUGUUCUCCAACUGCUAUAAGUACAAUCCCCCAGACCAUGAUGUUGUGGCCAUGGCACGAAAGUUACAGGAUGUAUUUGAGUUCCGUUAUGCCAAGAUGCCAGAUGAACCACUGGAACCAGGGCCUUUACCGGUCUCUACUGCCUUGCCCCCUGGCUUGGCCAAAUCAUCUUCAGAGUCCUCCAGUGAGGAAAGUAGCAGUGAGAGCUCUUCUGAGGAGGAGGAGGAGGAGGAGGAGGAAGAUGAGGAUGAAGAGGAAGAAGAGAGUGAAAGCUCUGACUCUGAGGAAGAAAGGGCUCAUCCCUUGGCUGAACUACAGGAACAGCUUCAAGCAGUACAUGAACAACUGGCUGCCCUGUCCCAAGGCCCAAUAUCCAAGCCCAAGCGAAAGAGAGAAAAAAAAGAGAAAAAGAAGAAACGGAAGGCAGAGAAGCAUCGAGGCCGAGCCGGGGUUGAGGAAGAUGACAGAGGGCCUCGGGCACCUCGCCCAUCUCAGCCCAAGAAGUCCAAGAAAGCGAGUGGCAGUGGGGCUGGCAGCGCUGCUACACUAGGCCCUCCUGGCUUUGGACCUUCUGGAGGAAGUAGCACCAAACUCCCCAAAAAGGCCACAAAGACAGCCCCACCUGCCCCGCCUGCAGGCUAUGAUUCAGAGGAAGAGGAAGAAAGCAGGCCCAUGAGUUACGACGAGAAGCGGCAGUUGAGCCUGGACAUCAACAAGUUGCCCGGGGAGAAACUGGGUCGAGUUGUACACAUAAUUCAAGCCAGGGAGCCCUCUUUACGUGACUCAAACCCAGAAGAAAUUGAGAUUGAUUUUGAAACGCUCAAGCCAUCCACACUUAGAGAGCUUGAACGCUAUGUCCUUUCCUGCCUACGAAAGAAACCUCGGAAGCCCUAUACUAUUAAGAAACCUGUGGGAAAGACAAAGGAGGAACUGGCUUUGGAGAAGAAGCGGGAACUAGAAAAGCGGUUACAAGAUGUUAGUGGGCAGCUCAAUUCUACCAAAAAGCCCCCCAAGAAAGCGAGUGAGAAAACGGAGACGUCAUCGGCACAGCAGGUAGCAGUGUCCCGCCUCAGUGCUUCCAGCUCCAGCUCAGAUUCCAGCUCCUCCUCUUCAUCUUCCUCUUCUUCAGACACCAGUGAUUCAGACUCAGGCUAAGGGGCCAGGCCAGAUGGGGCAGGAGGCUCCGCAGGACCGGACCCCUAGACCACCCUGCCCCACCCCUACUCUCCCUUUGCUGUGAUACUUCCUCAUCUCACCCCCUCCCCCCACUGUAGGAGAGCUGGCUCUGCAGGGGGGAGGAAUGCAGGGACAAUUACUGAAGGAGGGACAUAAAUGGACAAAAUACGACUGCGUUCCCAGCCCCAUGGAGAGUGACCUCUUAGGCAUAGAGCCCCUAUUCAAAAUGACUGGUGGGGCAGGGGUAAAGGGUGGGAAUGGGCAAAGGCCCUGAUACGGGGUUACCUGAGGCCGUAGCUGCCCUGUUCACUUGUAAGGGCCCUGUUUUGAGGUUGUUUGUUCUAAUUUAUUUUAAGCUAGGUAAGGCCGAGGCAGGGUGGGGCCGUGGUCCCCUCAGCCUCCAUGGGGAGGGAGGAAGGUGUUCUUUUUUUACGUUGACUUUUUUUUUCUACUCUGUUUUCCUUUCUGCUCCAUUUGGGGCCCCUGGGGGUUUCAGUCAUCUCCCCGUUUGGUCCCCUAGAUUGUCUCUUCUUUGUCUGUUGAUUCUAACUUGUAAAUAAAGAAAAUAUUAUUCA